UGUCAGACGUAUGGGGCUAUGGCCUAACGGAACAUGUAGACGAUUUCUGUUAACUACUGACAGAGAGAUAUCAGGUUCAGAGUGAAGCUAUACCCACCAGAUGGGCCGUUAUGGGAUGUGGAUUCGAUGAGGAAAUACUAGGUCGCCUCGACCUGUGCACACUUGUGAUUGCCAUGUUGGUGAUUGACGUCACUGUCUAACUUUGCGUCUGCCAAGUGUGAACAUUGUGGGGGACUAAGUCGAGACACUUGCAAUGAUGGGGACUGUGCCUUAGGAAGGGAGAGAAAUGAAAAUAAAAAUAGAAUAACGACAGUCAUACUCCUAUAUUUAAAGAUUCUUUUCUGUUUCUUAACGUGCAACUUCAGGUCGUCCUGGGUAAAAACGAGAAAGAUGUGACCUAAUCAUGACAACGCUCUGCUAUGUGUGUCUCUAGACAGCUUGGACAAUUUAUAUGUAAUUAGUUUUUUAGUUAGAGAGAGAGUAGGCAAAACAAAAAUCUUAUUAGCACUUUCAAACAAAGAAACCGUCUUUGCAAAACGACAAGUGAAAUUUUCUUUUCUUGAACAAAAAGGUGGAAAAAUUAUCAUCAACUAUGUAUUUCAGUAGCAGCUGUUAUUCUAUACAGGUCUGUGUAUCGAAUGAAGAUUAAUUUACUUAAGCGCUAUUCUGCUACGUGUGGACUAUCAGACCCUGAAGCACAAUGGCGCCCAAGCUGACAAGCAGUGAAGAGUUGUUCUUCCUUCGCGAUAUCAGCCAACAGAAGGCCAAGCUCCUGGCCCCGGCUAUAGCGUACACUGUGGUCCUGAUGAUCGUCGGCACGAUCGGUAAUCCCAUAGCAAUCUACAUCUAUGGUUGGAAAUGGAAGAAUACUACCACUAGAGUGUUUCUGUUGUGCCUGGCUGUGCUUGAUCUCAUUAAUUGCGUCAUCACAAUGCCCACAGAGAUCUGCUUGAUGGUCGACUUCUAUUACUUUCCCAGCGGGAAUUUCUGCAUGAUUUCCCGUUUCGUCACGUACUUCAUCAACAACGCCACGUCUGCUGUCUUCCUUUUCAUCGCCUCGGAUCGAUACUUCCGCAUUUGUCGCCCCCACGGCUGGAACUUCUCAGUGUCGACGGCAAAGAUGGCCUGCGCCGUGUCGCUGGGUAUAGGGACCGCGGUCUCCUGGCCCGCGAUUGUGAUCUACGGCAACAAGACCGUUGUACUGACCGUGCGGGGCGCCGGGGCGAACACCAGCGAGGUCCUAAACGUGACGGGCGUGCUGUGUAACGUGAAGAACGGCUUGGAUGGCGGCCUGAUGUCAGAAAUGUUCUUCAAUUAUCUCUGGUGCGGCUUCAUCAUCUGCCUUAUCAUUCUCUCCUUUUUUUACAUACUCAUCGGCAGGGCGAUACUGAAACGAUGGCGAUUUAAAAAGAGAAUGCAUGCCGCUAAUGCGUCACCUCAAAACGACAAGAUGCAAAUGCUGCUUGUUAGAACGAAACACGCCCUUAGGUCUGCAUCGUCGGCCCCACCAAAAGAUGAACGCGAAGGUGUUGAUGUAACAAGUUCUUUUCCCCAAAGAGCUGAUAGUCGGCGGCAACUUCUGACACCCAAUAAACAAAUUAAGAGUACGCCUAUCAAUGCCAAAGAAAUUAGCGUUAUUCAAAUAUCUACAUUUAUUGAUACAUCGGACACGCCUAAUGGAAAACGCCAAGAAGUCUUAGACCAGACCAUGGAUAAUUACAAGGGCGUUAAUCAGAAAAAUGGUGAUGGUGUUCAAAAACAGAUUUUGGAGGAUGAGUUCCAGGCCUUGGUAGAAGAAAACGCUCUGAAUUCUGAUCAACAGACCUGCAUUCGGGCGGAUUCAUCUAGCGACCCCAUUGGUUGCGUGCAGGUCAACUGCGCUGCGGUCAACACCUGGCGUACCAAAGUGCCCAGGUCGACGCUAAUGCUCUUCGCCAUCACCGCAGUCUUCAUCUUGACAUUCCUUCCAUUCCUCGUCAUCAUUAGCAUACGUCAGCGUGUGGGGCGAGGGUUCUACCAGUCCCUGACGGCCUGCGAAGAACUCUUAGUGCACAUAUUCUCCAGGUCAUACCUGGUCAACAACUGCGCAAAUCCGAUUGUGUACGGGCUCGUAAAUGUACAGUUCAGGACUGAGGUAAAGAGCAUGUUUGAAGGACUAACAAGGGGAAGAAAAUCUCGCGACGUCACAAGUGUAGAUGGUGGUCUCCCUUCAUGAGACUAAUGGAUCAUCCAUUAGUGACGUCCAAGCGAACAAAAAAAAAGUGUGGAAAUAAAAGUAGUUCCUUUUGUGAAUCCAAAAUGUUUGUGUACACUAGACUAGAACUUUAGAUAGUGGCCCUUCACAUUUUGUGUUUCUCGUUGUGUAUCCUCCUCCUGUUUAAGCUUCUUGUUUUGUUUUAAUCUUUGUCCUGAACUUGAGAUU